CAUUCUCCUUGUCCAUAAGCAUGAGACUCGCUCCAUAAUGUCUAUCUGCAACGGGGCAUGCCUGCUGCUCAUUCCUCUGCUACUCAUAUGCAUCGCAACCCUUCUCUGGACCAACACCACACCAUCAACCCAUCACUUCUCCCGCCGCAAAUGGGUCCAACCCACCGGCUUCCCCGGCAACCCCGACAUCUACGGCCUCGGGCAUCCGCGUCGGCUACUACACCCAAGCCCUCUCCCCUCCUUCCUGGACAACAUCAACGUCCUUUUCAUCAUCGCUAUGCUAAUCGGCAUCGGCUUCGUGUCCCGGGAUCCUGCGACUACCUACGCCGUUGAGCCGUACAUGCUGCUGCAGAUCACCUACUGCAUUGCGUACGUUGGCACGAACGAGUUUCGGAGUGCGGAUGCCAGCUAUUGGGUGUUGAGGGAUUUGAGCUUUCUGGGGCUCGAUGGGUACAGUUUCUAUUUCUGGUGGAGUGGGCUCGAUCAGAUGAUGCCGACGCCCGGGCCGGAGGGGGCGGUGACGAAUGUGUGGUGGCUUACGCAGGCGGACCUUUAUGGGUGGGUUAGGGUGGCUGCGAAGGUGGCUGUGGUGGGAUUUCUUGUGUUUAGAGGGAUGAGGCUGGCGUUUACGUUGAAUUAUGCAUGUGAAUGGUGGAAGUUUCGGAGGGCGACGACGAGGCAGUUUUGGAGGGAAUUAAAGGAGGAUUUGGGGAGGGAGUUGAGGGCAAAGAAGGUUGAUAGGACCAGUAAGAAAGGAAUGGAGGAGGGAGUAAAAGAGAAGGAGACCUACCUCGCCAUUCCGGAUAUUGAGACUACUGGACUGCCUGUGGAUGGAGACGAUAUUAGGCCACGGCGUACCAGCCAUCGACGGUGUAGGUCCUUGACCACCAUCCGAAGUCAGAGCGAUUUCACGUCACGCUCUCCCUCACCUAUCCGGUUCAAUAUUUCCCUCCACGUUCCGACACCUAGCACCGAAAGCCACUCUUCACACGUCAAUAGUUCAAACAGUCCCGGGCCAAUAUGCGAUACCUUCGGCGGCCCCUGGACCCGCACCCCAGGAUUACCAACUCAAAUCCCAACCUUCACAGAGCUCUACACAAUCGAAAACUAUCUCUAUAGGCUCCUCCCGCACCUCCACCCCUCCUCACCAGCCUUUUCGACCCCGUACUUCCUCAGCGAGCCCCUUCGCCUCGCCCACCUCACAACCCUACUCUACUACAACUCCCUCACUACGCCAGAGCCUCUAGCUUGGUAUCGCCCGCCUAUCGUUCUUUUUCACACCCUUCGCCGCGCCUACCGCAACCACCCACCCGCUUUCCACUUCCGCCUUCUCACCGAGUUACAUCUCGCGCACGUUCCAGCGCCGCGUUGUUCCAAAGUUACCUUUAUCCUUGGCCCGGUUCUCAGUUUACUGGUAGUUAGUUUGCUGGUUAUUGCGGGCGAGUUGACCAUUCAGUGGAAUGGGAUUAAGGGCGUGCAGGGGCUAGGGAGUGUGGGUCAACUUGUACCGGCGGUUAUAGGAGUAGGUGGGCUGUUCAGGGUUGGGUGGGGCGUUGGACGCCAGGUUCUAGGGCUGAGGGAUCGAGGGAGGAGAGUAUGGCAUGGCGGCUAUGAGGGGAACAGGGACAGGAGAGAAGUUGAGGGCGCUGCAGAGGUGUAUUUUCGGAUUAAGGAGGAAUUAGAGAGGAGGGGACGUAAGAGAGCAGAAGUCUGAUUCUAAGUGAGUGUUGAACUUGUAUUUAUCAUUCGCAACAGUUGUCUCUGAAGUUUCACGUAGGCCUUAAAAUUAACGGCAUAGGUGCAGUACGUCUUUAAUCUCAACGAACAUCAGAG